GCUUCUUUCCAGUACAUUAAAUGUAAUAUAUGAUUUCACUGUAAAUUUAAUUUUUAUAUUUUUAACUGUAUUUUAAAUAUUUCAUUUUUUAUAGUAAAAAUGAUCAAUGGUUCCAUGCUAAGCCUUCCUAAUGGAAUGAAUGGCUCCAGACUCCAGAAAUUCCAAGAAUAUUUAUCAAUAAAAUUUUAUUACAAUUAAUCAGACGGAAUUUUGCUUAAAUGUGUAAAGUUGGAACAAAAAAUUCGGGCCAGCACUGUCUAAGGGCCGAAGGGUGCAAGAUCAAGGGAUUUGAAUACUUGAAAAAUGGGAAACAACUGUUGCUUUGGAAGAUAUGAGCAUUAUAAGAGCAAGUAUCUGAGGAUGGAAUCCGAUGUAAUUGAUACUUUGGCUUCGUACAAACCGAUUUCGGACAUUCUAGGACUAGAUGAGGACGAUGAAUGCCAUGUUUACAAGUUUAACAAGGCUUUCCAGAACGGAGAUAUUGCGAAAUUAGUAGAGUUAUGCUAUUCAACAACUCCAAUUCAAAAAUUGGAAAAUAAAUUACACACUUGGGCUGAAAAUCCCAGGACUAUUGGAGCCUUAUCAGCUACUCAGCUUUCCGUCUACGCCAGCAAAGAAAAUGAGCCUGAAUUUAAGAAUGAUAUACUAGCUGCUAAUGGAAUUGAGGCACUUGCUGACUUACUCAAAAGUGAAGAUGAUGAUCGAGUUCAUGCUGCUGUCAUUACCUUUUCAUUUCUUUCCUCCGGAAAUGCCAGAUGUUGUGAAGAAAUGUACGAACAGGAUGUUUUCCCUUACUUAAUCAAGGGAAUGAAAUCAUCGUUGGAUCCUUUUAGGGCUGCUUGUGCUCAAACCUGUCGUAACAUUUAUUAUCUGGAUAUUAAAUAUCGUAAAGAAUUUAUGAGACUUGGUGGAUUAGUCGCCUUAGUUUCACUUUUAAAUUUAUCUGAUGACUCUGGCGAGAUGUACUUGACGCAGCUGGAGGCUAUAUAUCAUUUGGAAGAUUUUUGCAUGGAUGGAAUUGAAGAAAUACCUGAACUUGUUGAAUACGUUAAAGCUUCUAACGCUCUAUCUAAACUUCAAUCCCUUGAAAAGAGUAAAAUUAAUGAGUUAUCGGAGGCUGCUAAAUCUCUAGCUGCUCGUUUAAUAGACUAGU